UUGUGUCAGAGAGGGGAGGUUUUCUUCCAUUUCAGUUUUUUCUUUCUCUUACUCCUAUCUACACGACCUUGGGUACUCGGAUUCUCACUACCCCCACCGUUUCUCUUUCAGUUCUUCCCCCCCCCCGCAUCCAAUUCAUUCAUUUGCUGGCCAGAACAACAAUCCCCCCCCCGCAAUAGCCAGCUCCGUCGCCUUCUAAUCUAUACCUCCAUCUUUCUCUGCCACUCCUUUCCACCUUUACCAUGGUUCGUCUGAGGGAAAUUCCCCGGACGGCCACCUUUGCCUGGUCUCCUGGAGCUGCUUCGCCAUUGAUUGCUACGGGUACUCGCGCCGGCGCCGUGGAUGUCGACUUCUCCAAUCAAACGUGUCUGGAGCUCUGGGAUCUCAACCUGAGCCGCCACGAGGCCAGCGGCGAGCUGCAGCCCAUAGCGAAGAUUGACACUGACUCGGGUUUCAACGACCUGGCAUGGACGGAUUCCGAGGACAGCUCCCGGGGUGUGAUCGCGGGUGCCUUGGAGAAUGGAUCUUUGGAUCUGUGGGAUGCCGAUAAGUUGCUCAGUGGAUCCAGUGAUGCCGUCAUCUCGAGGACCAACAAACACUCAGGGGCUAUCAAGGCUCUCCAGUUCAACCCCAAACACUCCAACUUGCUGGCCACCGGUGGUGCCAAGGGCGAGCUGUACAUUUCCGACCUGAACGACAUUGCGAACCCCUCUAGACUCGGAGGCACGGCCGCCCGCGCAGAUGACAUCGAGUGCUUGGAUUGGAACAAAAAGGUCGCGCAUAUCCUGGUCACCGGCAGCAGUGCCGGCUUCGUCACCGUGUGGGAUGUCAAGACCAAGAAGGAGAGCUUGACGCUGAACAACAUGGGCCGGAAAGCCGUCAGUGCUGUGGCCUGGGACCCGGAGAAGCCGACGAAACUUGUCACGGCCACGCCGCUCGAGUCGGACCCCUUGAUCUGUGUCUGGGAUCUGCGUAACUCUCACGCCCCGGAAAGAACCCUCCGGGGCCACGAAUCUGGCGUCUUGUCGCUCUCCUGGUGCGCCCAGGAUCCUGAUCUGCUCCUCUCGUCCGGCAAAGAUAACCGCACCCUCUGCUGGAACCCCCAGACCAGUCACGCCUACGGAGAGUUCCCCGUAGUCACAAACUGGACUUUCCAGACGCGCUGGAACCCUCACAACCCGAACUUCUUCGCCACCGCUUCGUUCGACGGAAAGAUCGCCAUCCAGACCAUCCAGAACACCAGCACCGAAACUGCCCAGGCGAUUGCCGACCAGAACCAGGCCCUCGAUGGCGAGGACUUCUUCGCCAAGGCCCAGACUCAGCCCCAGGUCUCCAGCUUCUCGCUGCCCAAGGCCCCCAAGUGGCUGGAACGGCCGUGUGGCGCAACCUUUGGAUUUGGAGGCAGAGUCGUCUCUGUCAACUUGGUUGAGAAGGGUCAGCGUGCAUCGAAAAUCAAGAUCACCCCGUUCGAGGUUGAUGAGGCGGUUGGAAAGUCGACCGAGACCUUUGAGAACGCGCUCAAGGAGGGUGAUUUGCGCAACAUCUGCGAAACUCGGGCUGCCAACGCCACCAGUGAAGAGGAGAAGGCCGACUGGAAGGUUAUCGAGGCCUUGAUCUCGGCCGAUCCUCGCAAGGGUCUGGUUGAGUAUCUCGGAUUCGCGGAUCAGGCUGACGAGGCUGCUGAUAGCUUAGCCAAGCUGGGUCUGAACAAGGAGGACGACGAGGAAGUCAACGGCGAGGAGCCCAAGGAAUCCCGCGGGUCGGGAGCCAAGAAGCACCGCCGUCUGCAAUCCGUCUUCGACACAAGCGCGGACGCGGAUAACUUUCUGUCUGACCUGGCUGCUUCCAAGGGCGCCAAGACCAACAACCCCUUCCACAUCUUCAACGGAGAGGAGACCGAAGCGGACACUGGCAUUACCAGAGCGUUGCUCCUUGGUGACUUCGAGAAGGCCCUUGAUGUCGCACUCAAGGAGGAUCGUCUCUCGGACGCGUUCAUGAUUGCCAUCUGCGGAGGUCAGAAAUGCAUUGAGAAGGCCCAGGAGCACUACUUCUCCAAGCAGACCAACAGCCCGAACUACGUGCGUUUGCUCGCAUCUAUUGUGGGCAAGAAUCUCUGGGAUGUUGUCUACAACGCCGAUUUGUCCAAUUGGAAGGAGGUUAUGGCAGCUCUUUGCACUUUUGCCGACGAGAAGGAGUUCGCGGAUCUCUGCGAUGCUCUGGGUGAUCGCUUGGAGGAGGAGCUCCGUAACUCGGAUGACAAGGCCCUUCGCAAGGAUGCCUCGUUCUGUUUCUUGGCCGGUUCCAAGUUGGAGAAGGUUGUUGCUAUCUGGAUUGAGGAGCUGCGGGAGCGUGAGCAGAAGGCCAUCGAGGCCUCUGCCGAUGAUUCUGCUUUCUCGAUCCACGUCCGUGCUCUGCAGAGCCUGAUUGAGAAGGUGACGAUUUUCCGCCAGGUCACCAAGUUCGAGGACACCGAGCGUACCAAGGAGUCGGAUUGGAAGCUCAGCACGCUGUACGACAAGUAUAUCGAGUACGCCGACGUUGUUGCUACCCAUGGACGACUACAGGUUGCACAGAAGUAUCUCGAUCUUGUGCCCGAGAAGCACCCUGAGGCCGAGAUUGCCAGAAACCGCAUCCGCCUGGCAACGAGACAAGCCGCUCCUCAACGGACGCAGACUGCGACCAGCGCAGCAGCCAGGCCCAAUCUCAACAAGCCUCUUCCUCAGCCUGCUUUGGGUGGAUACCAGCCCACGAGAACCUUUUCGCCUGCGGCGCCUGCUGCAGUUCCCAGCCCUUAUGCUCCUGCUGCUCCCGCCGCUGCUCCCUCGAAUCCGUACGCCCCCCCGACUGCUGCGGCCGCCAACCCAUAUGCUCCCCCGACUGCUGCUCCUGUCAACCCUUAUGCUCCUCCGACGGCACCGGUCCAGCCUACGAAUCCGUACGCUCCCUCCAACGCCGGCAGCGGCUACACUCCCGCCGGAUAUCAACCGCCACAAGCCCCUACCUAUGGUGCUCAGCCUCUAGGCGGCACUGUGCCCCCGCCUCCACGCGCGACCAACCAGUCUCCGGCCAACACCAUUACCACGUACACCACGGCCACCAACCUGCCUGCGUGGAAUGACUUGCCCGAGGGAUUCGCUAAAGCACCUACGCCCCGUCGGUCGACUCCUGCCACUGCUUCUGCGCCUAUCAACGCUCCGUACUCGAACCAGUCUCCUACCCUCGCGCAAGGCCCUCCUCCCCCGGUUGGAGCACCUGUCGGCCGGACCCCCUCCGUUCCUCCUCCGCCCAAGGGCGGCGCCCCUCCUCCUAGGGUGAUGUCGCCGCCCUCGGCCGUUCCCACGCCUUCCUCGAUGCCUCCUCCUGCGGCCAACCCCUAUGCCUCCCUGCCUCAGUCUCCCCCCUCGGCCAUAGGCGUGCCCGCUUCAAUCCCUCGGGGACCUUCGCCUUACAAUGCACCUCCUACGAUGCCGCCCCCCACAAACCGAUACGCACCGAGCCCGGCUGCUCAAGCCGCCAGCCCCCAGCUCCAGACGCGGGCGCCCGUUCCUCCCCCUCCGCAGGCCGCCGCCUCGCCGUAUGCCCCUCAGUCCGCCAUGCAAUCAUUAGCGAACCAGUACGCCCCAAGCACGCCUUCGCCCAUUGCCCCACCCAUGCAGCAGCAUGCGCCUCCCCCACCCCAGGCCGCGGGAUCCCGACCCAGCACGGCCUCUUCGCAGAAGAAGCCUGCCCCGGCGGCGCCCAAGUACCCCCCCGGUGAUCGCUCCCACAUCCCUGCCGAUGCCAUGCCCGUGUACGAGAUCCUGUCGGCCGACAUGCAGCGAGUGAAGUCGCGGGCCCCAUCUUCGUUCAAGGCGCAGGUCGACGAUGCGGAACGGCGACUGAACCUUUUGUUCGACCAUCUCAACAAUGAGGAUCUGCUGAAGCCUAACACGGUUGCGGACAUGGCGCAGCUUGCUCACGCCAUCCAGGCGCGUGAUUAUGAGACGGCGCGCGCAAUCCACGUGAACAUCAUGACCAACCGGACGGACGAGUGCGGUAACUGGAUGGUUGGAGUGAAGCGUUUGAUCAGCAUGAGCAAAGCCACGCCGUGAAGGUUGUGUAUGUGACGAUCAUGAGUUGUAUGUACAAGGCAAGAGUUUUCUAUAAUUGUUUGACUGUACUGGACUUUUGACCUCUGGAGCCGGCCGACGCAGGGUUUGGCUGGCAAUGGGGUCGCUUUCUUUAUUAUUCCGCUGUUAAUGUUGAUAUUAUGUUGAUCUGGCCUAAGUAGAAGUAAAAGAGGGUAG